AAGUAUAAAUACAUAGACUACAGAACACCCAAAUAUAACAUACUCUGUAUAAUUGCGUAUUGUUGUAAGGCACUUCAGGUGAGCGUUUCCCCAUAUUGCUUACCAUAUCUCAUACAUGCAUUUGGCUGCCAUGUUCAUUAGCCGAAUUGGUUCAGAGCAGUUGUGUAUCUCGAUCUUCUCGUUAUAAUGCAUGCGCUAUGGAUAAGGUCUGAUAUACUGGCGAGCGGCCGAAGUCCGCUGACAUGCCUAGCGGAAAGUUGUUCGAGCUGAAUGUGUCGGACCACAUGCAAUCAACACGAAUGAUGUACUGUACCAACGUUCUACCUCGAAGUCCCGGCCGGCUUACAAUCUACUACAUGCUACGGCAUGCAAAUGCUAACUGAACGUUAGGAGCGAUAUUUUUUUGGAUCGGCAGUUGGGAAAACAUACUUUUGGAAGUAUAUAUACUUGCAUCGUACUCCAAAAUGAUUCCGUUUUGCAACUCGCCGUUGUGGGAUCACGAAAGAAUCUGGAAUACAACGGAUCCAGACUUAACAGAAUGCUUUCAGCACACAGUGUUGGUACUGCUGCCCUGCGCCUUUCUUUGGAUUGUUUUUCCCAUUAUCAUGUUCCAGUAUAAAAAGCUCAAAGAUAUUUCCACCAAAUGGACGAUUCUGGCAGUAAUCAAAAUUGUGGUGGCAGUCCUGUUAUGCUUUAUCUGCAUAUGGCGACUCGCAUACCUGAUUUAUUUGACGGCGUCCUAUAACGAUGAGUACGGCUCAUCAGUUUCGUCAUUUGUCGCGGAAAUCUUUCGAAUCGGAACAUUCUGCUUAAGCGCUUACCUAAUCAACACGGAGCGCAAAAAGAAGAUAACAUCAUCGGGGUACAACUUUAUCUUCUGGUUGAUGAUGACCGUUUGUGGAGUAGUGGAAUUUCGUUCACACUUGAAACGGGCACUUCACGAGCACGCGUACAACCGUUUCCUCUUCGGCACGGUCAUGGCGUAUUAUCCCUUGGUUUUUGCGCAAUUAUGCCUGCACUGUUUUGCUGAUGAGGAUCGUGCGGCUAGGCAAAUACGCAAGUUACAUUGGCCAGAGUACCACUCGUCAUUUCCCAGCCGGUUGCUGUUUUCCUGGUUUUCCGGGUUGGUAUAUAAAGGAUGGCGACGCCCUCUCAUCCAAUCCGAUCUGUGGGAACUCGAUACGCCCGACAAGACCGCUGUUACCGUGAGAAAAUUCGAAGAGCACUGGAAGCAGGAAGUAGAACGCGGCAAAAAUGGAGCAUAUCAACCGUCCAUUAUGAAAGCUCUCGGUAAGACGUACUGGAAGCUGAUGCUGAUGACGGGAUUUCUGCAACUGCUUUCCACGGUUAUCCUACAAACGGUUGCCUUGCCCUUUGCGCUACGAUACAUAAUCUGGUUCGUCUCGGCGCCCCAUGUCGAAAUGUGGAAGGGAUAUUUUGUGGCUAUUGCUCUCUUUUUGAUCUCGGUGGGAUUUUCCAUAUUCCUGGCACAUUUUUAUCACUGCGGUGCUUUAAUUUCAUUGCGAAUGCGAUCGGCCUUAGUCGGAUGCAUUUACAAAAAGAGCUUAAAAAUAUCGGCCGAUGCCAGACGUGAAAAGAGCGCAGCCGAAAUUGUCAAUUUAAUGGCUGUUGAUGCUCAGCGUUUCACCUUGAGUCCCAUCCAUGUGCACUCGUUGUGGGGAUGCGUCGUGCAGAUUGUCAUUGCCGUCGUAUUACUCUACCAGAUCAUUGGUCCCUCUGUGUUUGCCGGGAUUGGCGCUAUGCUGCUGACCAUCCCUUUGGUAGGGUCAGUGAUGAGGAGAAACCGCGUUUUAGAAGCAGCGCAACUGGAAGAGAAGGAUCAGCGGAUGAAGGUGAUGCACGAAAUUCUCAAUGGAAUAAAAAUCUUGAAGCUCUACGCUUGGGAAGAAAGUUUUGAAAACAAAGUGGAAACCGUCCGAAAUAAGGAGCUGGUAGCUCUGCGGAAAUCGGCCAAUUUGAAAGCCAUUAACAUGAUCACUUGGCUGUUCACGCCGUCGCUCGUGGCUGUGGUCAGCUAUACGUGCUACGUUUUAUCGGAUGACCAUAACAUUCUCAAUCCGGCGAAGACAUUCGUCAGCUUAGCGCUGUUUAGCAUUCUUCGAUUACCACUAGCUUUGCUUCCGGCAGCUAUUACCGGUAUUAUCCAGUCAGCGUUAUCACUUAAACGGAUUAGCUCCUUCCUGUUAAGCGAGGAACUGGAUCCACAUAAUGUCACAUAUCUGCCGGCAAAUGACAAUCAGAUCACAUCAGCCAUAUCACUGCAGUCAGCAAGUUUUGCCUUUGGUAAAAAAGAUUCAGAACCGGUACUGCGCGACAUCAAUCUGGAUAUUGUGCCGGGAACUUUAACUGCCGUUGUGGGACCUGUUGGAUCUGGUAAAAGUUCGAUAUGUUCAGCCAUAAUCGGCACAUUGGAGAAGCUGUCUGGAUCGGUUUAUGUUAAAGGAAAACUGGCAUACUGCAGCCAGUCAGCUUGGAUUCAGAACCGAACCGUAAAGGAAAACAUCCUAUUUGGUUUACCGUAUGACGAAGCCAAGUACGCGGAAGCAAUCGAGGUCACGGCGUUACAACCUGAUCUGGACAUUUUACCAGCGGGAGAUGAUACGGAAAUUGGGGAACGCGGGAUAAAUCUCAGUGGUGGACAGAAGCAGAGGAUCAAUAUCGCCCGGGCCAUCUACGCAAACGCCGAUGUGUACUUACUGGACGAUCCGUUAAGCGCCGUCGAUGCUCACGUGGCUAAGCACAUCUUUGAUAAUGUGAUUGGGCCUCGUGGCGUCCUGAGGAACAAGACAAGAAUUUUUGUUACACAUGCUGCGCACUUCCUCCCCCAAUGCGAUCGCAUCGUUUUUAUCCGGCACGGAGAAAUCUCGGCUUUUGCGGAUUUUUCUCGCUUAAUACAAUCAGUGGAUUUCAGUGAAUUCCAUGAAAACCUUAAAACCCGCGCUGAAACGGAAGCCUUAACCGACGAAGUAGAAGACAAAAUUUUGCCGGUUUUAACGGAUGUCGAUGAAGACGCUCCACCGCCUAUAACAAAGAAUAGAGCGGGAUCAGGCAGCGAAGCCUUCGAAAUGCAGGAUAAAAAUCAGCCCGUUGGACAGAAUAUCCGCCGCGUCCACACCACGUCGGGCUCGGACGCGCCCAGUUCCGUUAAAGGCGAGAACUCCAAGUUGAUCAUCGAGGAGCACGCGGAAGUGGGAAAAGUGCGCUGGAAAAUUUACGCGACAUUACUGAAGUAUGCCUCGGGUGUGGCAACAUUUAUUACGGUGCUGUCGCAUGCGAUCUACACCGGAUUUGUUCUGGCUGCCAACGUUUGGUUAAGCGUUUGGUCCGAGGAUAAUAUGACAAUGCCAGAUGGUGGUGUAAAUACGCAGCUGCGAGAUUACCGACUGGGAAUAUAUGCGCUGCUGAAUUUUUUUCAAGCGAUUUUUAUUUAUAUUUCGGCGUUGGUAUUGGCACUUAGUUGUGUUCGAGCAAGUCGCCGGUUGCAUUCGGAAAUGCUGCAUCGACUUCUACGAGCACCACUGUCCUUUUUCGAAAGCACUCCCGUCGGUCGUAUUGUCAACCGCUUCAGUCGGGAUCUGGAUACGCUCGACAACCAACUUCCCGCGCAUUUUAAAAUGUGGUUAAACGGACUGUUUAUAUUAAUUUCUGUUUUAAUUUUGAUUUGCAUCAGUACGCCGAUUUUCGCCGCGGUGGUGCCGGUAGUGGCCAUCCUAUACGUGCUAAUACAAAAAGCCUUCGUUCCGUCAAGCCGCCAGAUAAAACGCCUGGAGUCGGUCUCCCGUUCUCCGAUUCUAUCGCAUUUUCAAGAGUCUCUGAAUGGGCGUCAAGUUAUUCUGGCCAUGAAUCAGGAGGAUCGUUUUAUCGACAUUAAUAGUCAUCUCAACGACAUUCACAAUACUUCUUCGUAUGCUAAUGCUGUGGGUCAACGAUGGAUUCUGGUGCGAGUGGAAGCGCUCGGCAGUCUUUGUGUUUUCUUCGCGGCGCUAUUUGCGGUCAUAGGAAAAGGUCACUGGGAAAGCCAUCCGGGUUUGCUGGGGCUGGCUAUAACAUAUGCAACAACUAUGACAUCAUCCUUUAAUUGGCUUGUCAGAACAAGUAGCGAUAUCGAAGCUAACGCCGUGUCGGUUGAACGGAUGCAAGAGUACACUCAGAUCCAACAGGAAGCAUCAUGGCACAUUCCUUCACGAAAACCUAAAGACAAUUGGCCAGAACACGGCAAAGUUGAGUUCUAUAAUUAUGGUCUUCGCUAUCGGGAGAAUUUGGAUUUAGUUUUGGAAAAUAUAACCUGCACCAUUUCCGGAGGAGAGAGAAUUGGUGUUUGUGGCCGAACCGGAGCCGGAAAGACGUCGUUAAUCAGUGCGUUAUUUCGCCUGCUAGAGCCGGCAACCGGUAUAAUAAAAAUCGAUGACCUCGACAUUACACAACUGGGUCUGCAUGAUGUGCGCUCCCGGUUGACCAUUAUUCCACAAGAUCCUGUAUUGUUUAACGGGACACUACGAUCCAAUCUUGAUCCGUUUGGCAAACAUUCCGAUGCAGAGAUAUGGUCCGCUCUGGAGCUGUCAUACUUGAAGGAAUUUGCGCAAAACAAAAGCGCCAAACUGGACCUUCCCAUUGCGGAAUCCGGAGAUAAUUUAAGUGUUGGACAACGCCAGCUGGUAUGUCUUGCUCGUGCGCUUCUUCGGAAAUCGAGGAUCCUAAUCUUAGAUGAAGCAACAGCGUCCAUUGAUUUGGAAUGUGAUGAACUAAUCCAGACGGCGAUCCAUAAGGAGUUCUCUCAUUGCACCGUGAUCACAGUUGCUCACCGUUUGAAUACAAUUAUGAACUACGAUAGAAUCAUGGUACUGGAAAACGGGAAAAUUCAAGAAUUCGAUACUCCAAAUAAUUUGCUCAUGAACAAAGAUAGUUUAUUUUAUGCUUUAGCCAAAACCGCAAAUCUUGCUCAUUGAGACAACCCUGGAUUCUUUGUUGUCGUUUUAAAUAAUUCAUUGUGAUAUUGGGUAUUAAUGUCGGUAAAUUGGUAAUGACUAUGAAUUAUGAACCUGUUUGCACUGCAUCAACGCUGGAAUCAAUUAAUUAGGUACUCUGUAGGUUCGGUUCAGCAACUAUGCGUUGCUGCAUCGAAAUCAAUAAAGUCGAUUGCACAAGCAGCUAUAA